AUGUUGGCGACAAGGCUUUGCCUACGCUCGAGCACACGCGCAUAUACCUUGCCACUGCCAUUUUCUCAUACUGUAGCCUUGCAGAUCAGCCGACAGACACCGGUAUGGCAGAACAAGCGCAUCUUCGCUUCCACGCCCAGACACAGGAAAGACGAUGCGCGGUUACGGACCAUACAAGCCGAGCAGCAGGCCAAACAGCCUGCGAAGGAGAACGUGAAGCCGGAGUCAGUCGAGCGGGAGAAGCCUGCCGAGCCGGAGCCAACGAAGAAUGACCCUCUGCUGGCAGAAGAGUCGCUCUCGAGCAAAGAGCAGCGCAAAGCCGACUGGCGCAUCAUCAAGGAUAUGUCCCAGUACAUCUGGCCCAAGGAUGACUUCGGCACGCGCUUCCGGGUGGGCAUGAGUGUAGUACUUCUCGUUGGCGCAAAGGUCCUUAACGUACAAGUCCCCUUCUACUUCAAGGCCAUCGUCGACGGUAUGAACGUCGACUUCGCCACACUAGGCGGCACAGCCGCAACAGUAGCAGGCGUCUCCAUCUUCGCCUACGGCGCCACACGCAUCGGCGCCACCGUCUUCCAAGAAAUCCGCAACGCCGUCUUCGCCUCCGUCGCGCAAAAGGCCAUCCGUCGCGUCGCCGGCAACGUCUUCUCACACCUCCUCAACCUGGACUUAGCCUUCCACCUCUCCCGCCAAACCGGCGGUCUCUCCCGAGCCAUAGACCGAGGCACGAAAGGGAUCAGCUUUCUGCUAACAAGCAUGGUCUUCCACAUCCUUCCCACCGCUCUCGAGAUCGCUCUCGUCUGCGGGAUCCUGACCUACCAAUUCGGCUGGCAGUUCGCCCUUAUCACCGCCUCAACCAUGGCGGCAUAUACCUGGUUCACCAUCGCCACGACCGCUUGGCGAACUAAAUUCCGCAAGGCUGCUAACGCGGCGGACAACAAAGGUGCAACUGUCGAGCUCGACAGUCUAAUCAAUUACGAGGCGGUCAAGUACUUCAACAAUGAGUCGUACGAAACCAAACGGUACGACACCGCGCUGAAAGCGUACGAGGACGCGAGUAUAAAGGUCGCCACGAGCCUGGCAUACCUUAACAUCGGACAGAACUUCAUCUUCUCCGCCGCGCUGACGGGGAUGAUGUACAUGGCUGCCGAGGGCGUGGCGGCGGGAACACUGACGGUGGGCGAUCUUGUCAUGGUGAACCAGCUCGUCUUUCAGCUAUCCGUGCCCCUCAACUUCCUAGGUUCUGUUUACCGUGAGCUGAGGCAGAGUCUGCUGGAUAUGGAAACACUGUUCAACCUCCAGCGGGUCAAUGUCGCUGUGAAGGAGAAGCCUGACGCCCAACCAUUGCUUCUCAACCGCGGCGGCGAGAUCAAGUUCGAGAAUGUCAGCUUCGCGUAUAACCCUGACCGACCGAUCAUCCGGAAGUUAAGCAUGACGAUUCCGGCGGGACAGAAGGUGGCCAUUGUCGGUCCUUCGGGCUGUGGUAAGAGCACCAUCCUCCGCUUACUCUUCCGUUUCUACGAUGUGCAAGACGGACGCAUUACGAUCGAUGGGCAGGAUAUCCGCGAUCUGAGCUUGCAGAGUCUGAGGAAGAGUAUCGGCGUUGUACCGCAGGACACUCCGUUAUUCAACGAUACGAUCGAGCACAAUAUUCGUUACGGAGACAUUACUGCAAGUCAUGAGCAAGUCAUCGCUGCAGCGAAGAGAGCGCAAGUCCACGAGAUCGUGGAGAAGCUGCCUGAGGGGUACUCCACGCAAGUCGGUGAGCGCGGGAUGAUGAUCUCAGGAGGUGAGAAGCAACGACUGGCUGUCAGCAGGCUGAUACUCAAGGAUCCGCCGUUGCUUUUCUUUGAUGAGGCGACGAGCGCGUUGGAUACGCACACGGAGCAGACGCUGUUGGGAAAUAUCAAUAGCAUAUUGAAGGAGAAGAAGAGGACGUCUGUGUUUGUGGCGCAUAGAUUGAGGACGAUCUACGACAGCGACUUGAUCAUUGUGCUAAAGGAUGGAAAUGUGGCGGAGCAGGGGAGUCAUGAGCAAUUGUUGGAUAGGAAUGGGUUGUACUCUGAGCUGUGGAACGCGCAGGAGAUGCUGUUUACGGAGGAGGAGGUGGAAGGGAAGGUGGCAAAGGGUGGCGCGAACGGCAGAUGA